AUGAUGCGGCUCCAGGAGACCAUCCAGUCAGAGCUCGCGCGAGCGGAGCGUGACCACCGGGAGCGGGAGCCAAAGACGGUGAGGAUGGAACUUGCGGCCGCUGAAGCCAAAGUCCGAGUCCAGAAUUCGGACUCUGCCGCCACCACCGGCAGCAGCGGUGGGAUGUAUCCAUCUGUCCACAACCAUCUGGUGGAACGCGUUGGCACCAAUGCGCCGCUCGGCUCGCAUGGCUCGCUUCGGCCUCCCUCGCCGUCACCGCCGAGGAUGAGAGACAGAGGCGGGUUCCACGAGGAGCGGGACCACGUCAACCCGCGCAAGAGCGACAUGGUCAGCAUGCGCUCGUCCAUUGCGGAGAGCAUGAACAGCUGGGAUUCCAUCUACCAGCACAAGCAGUUUCGGGACUCCAGGCGGAAGGUCGUGGAGGCAGCACGGAAGUUGUCGGCCAUCCGUGGAAACUCCUUCGUGCUAGAUGGCGAGCUCGACUCGGAGGCCCCGGUGCCUUGGGCCCGGCGCAUCGUCCAGUCCUCUUGGUUUCGGGCAAGUGUUCCGGUCGUGAUCCUCACCAACCUGAUACUGCUCGGAGUGGAGGUGGAUGCCUCAGCUGACCUUCCUCCAAAUGAACAUCUGGAAGGGUUCUACACCGCGAACUUGAUCAUCGUGUCCGUCUUUUUCUUCGAAAUUCUGCUUAAGGUGAAGGCUUACGGCUGCAGUGAGAUGUUCUGUGGCCCCGACAAGUGGUGGAAUUGGUCGGAUUUGUUGAUUUUCUGCCUGUCCAUCUUCGAGAUCGUCGCAGAAGCUGUGGCAUCCGUGAUGUUUGCUUCGGAGAUGGAUCCCAGCCAACUCCGCAUGAUGCGAUUUCUUCGCUUCGUGCGGGCGCUACGCGGAGUUCGUGUCGUGCGGCUUCUUCAGUAUCUCAGCGCUCUCAGAACCAUCGUCUUCUCCAUCGUAAGCACGAUGAGCUCGGUUGGAUGGACCUCCUUGCUUCUGGUGGUCCUGUUCUAUCUGUUUGGGGUCUUGCUCACGCAGAUAUCCACGGACCACUGCAGAGAUCUGAAGUACACCACCGGUGAGUUCUGCGACGAUCAGUUGAGCCGAUUUUGGUCCAGUGUUCCACAGAGCAUGCUGACACUGUUCCUAUCCAUCACCAACGGCAUCAGCUGGGAUGAGGCUUUACAGCCUCUCCGACAAAUCUCCGACAUCGCCGUUGUCGGACUCCUCAUCUACAUCGUCAUUACGGUUCUAGCCGUGCUCAAUGUUGUAACUGGAGUUUUCUGCAAUAUGGCGAUAGAAAGUGCGAGAGCAGACAAGGACAUCGCGACCAUGCAGCAGAUGCAGAAGCACGAGGUGCCCAGCAGUCGCACAGUAGUAGGUCACUUUUGGUGUUGUCAUUUUUGUGAUUAUAACUUCUUGCUGCGUCAUUCGUUCUUAUUCCUAUCACUGCUGUUGGCUUGA